AUGCAGAAGCAGACUCUGAGUUCAGCAGGGAGCAGAGAAGAGUGGCGCCAAAACUCCAAUUCUGAAAGAAACACGAAGAAACUGGGACGAGCGGUGCAUCAAACAGGUGGUUACAGAGACUGCGCCACGAUGCUGUUCCCGUGCGGGCUCCUGCUCAUCCUGGCGUCCAGCUUUGACCUGUCAGACGCUGAGGGCUGUGGGGCAGCCUGUGGGAAAUGUGAUUGCAGUGGUGUGAAAGGAGCAAAGGGGGAGCGCGGUUUUCCUGGUCUCCAAGGAAACAUGGGCUUUCCAGGGAUGCAGGGCCAUGAGGGGCCGGCUGGGCCAAUCGGGCCCAUGGGAGACACUGGAGAGUCGGGGGCUGCAGGACUGAAAGGAGUGCGAGGUCCACCUGGUUUACCAGGAUUUCCUGGAAACCCAGGACUACCUGGUAUUAAUGGAAAUGAUGGCCCCCCUGGUGUCCCUGGUAUCCCAGGAUGCAAUGGAACUAAAGGAGAGAUCGGUCGAGAUGGAGUCCCUGGUCUCCCUGGAUUUCAAGGAUCUCCUGGUAUCCCAGGAAUACCAGGAAUGAAGGGUGACCCCGGAGGUGUUAUUGGCAUAGUUCCACUUAAAGGAGAGAGAGGGUUUCCUGGCACUCCCGGCCUCCCUGGUAUAACUGGACCCCCUGGGCGUGGCGGAGCCAAUGGGCCUCGAGGGGAUCCAGGACCAAAAGGUGACCCUGGACCUCCCGGACUCCCAGGGGAGAAAGGAGACCGGCUGGCCUUUGUCAGUGAGAAAGGCGACAAGGGUGAUCGGGGACUGCGUGGCCCUCCCGGCCCACCUGGCCCAUACACUGGACUAGAGGGAUCCACCACUCACUAUGUUCCUGGACCACCAGGAAACAGGGGAUUCCCAGGAGACAAAGGAGACAAAGGCUUCUGUAUACCACAUCUGGAUGGGGUCAAAGGCGAAGCUGGCCCACCUGGAGCAAGGGGGAAACCUGGCAAAGAUGGAGACCCUGGGAUAAAGGGAGAAAAAGGUUUUACGGGUACCGCAGGGAAGGAUGGAUUACCGGGUGGAAAAGGGGAAAAAGGCCCCCCUGGUUAUGGUAGUGGUGCUCCUGGUCCUCCCGGUCCCCCUGGACUUCCAGGAUUGGAAGGAGAGAAAGGUUUUCCUGGUCCGCAGGGAGAGACUGGUCCUCCAGGAAGUCACAUAGAAGGGGCAAAAGGAGAGAAGGGCCUGAAGGGAAACGCUGGUGAAAAAGGAGAGCGUGGUUUAGACGGAGAAUCUCUGAUUGGGCCCCCAGGAGAACCCGGACGAGAAGGACAGCCUGGAGCUCCUGGACCAAUAGCCAAUAUUUAUGAUUGCAACGUCCAGAAAGGGAUCCCUGGUCAACCUGGACCUCCGGGACUGCAGGGAGAGCUGGGACAGAAAGGUGACAAAGGAGACACUUGUGUCCUGUGCGAGGGCCUUGUGGCCCCUGGUUUACCUGGCCCCAUUGGUCCAAAGGGAGAUAGAGGACCCCCUGGAGCAGUUGGUGGCAAAGGUGAAAAGGGUCAGCCUGGAUUGUCUGGGACCCCUGGCAGACCUGGAUCACAAGGUACCCCUGGGAUAAGGGGGUCUCCUGGUGCCGUGGGAGAGCCUGGUGACAUCUAUGUGGCUCCGGGUCUGAAAGGAGAGAAGGGUCUCCCAGGUACUCCAGGGUCUCCAGGCAGACCAGGACUGGACGGAGUCUCUGGACGAGAUGGCCUCCCUGGGACACCUGGGCUCAAAGGAGAACCUUCUAGAGAAGGUGGCAGGGGUGAGCGGGGACCAGAUGGAGACCCAGGUCCAAUUGGAACUCCUGGGGAGAGAGGUCCUCCGGGGAUCCCAGGUUUUGGCCGUCCUGGCGAACCUGGAGAGAAGGGAACUUCGGGCAGACCAGGGCCACCCGGAACUCCUGGGGUACCAGGUGUCAAAGGUGAGCCAGGACAGGGUGUGAGUACUCCUGGAGCUCAAGGUACUCCCGGGCCUCCUGGAGAGCCUGGUUUACCUGGAAUUCACGGGGAAAGAGGACCCCAAGGAGAUACAGGCCCACCAGGUUUCCCUGGUCUAAAGGGUGAUUCAGGACCUCCAGGGAUUGGAUUGCCUGGACCAACUGGUUCCAAAGGAUUCAGUGGAAUUCCAGGAGCUGCCGGAAUUCCAGGAGAACCAGGAAAACCUGGUCGUGACGGUCUAACUGGACAACCAGGUUCACUCGGUCAAAAAGGUGAACCAGGGCGUGGUCUGCCUGGGCCUAAAGGCUCUCAGGGACCCUCUGGGUUCCCUGGUUUCCAAGGGGAGAAGGGGAGCACUGGGUUUCCAGGUAUUCCUGGAAGAGAGGGUCCAACUGGCCCGCUAGGCCCUCAGGGAAUUAAAGGUGAUGUGGGUCCUCCUGGUCCUCCUGGGCAGCUUGGAAGUCCUGGUGCACCUGGCAAAGGGUCACCAGGCGAACCUGGUGAACAAGGACCACCUGGGGAGCCUGGCCAAACAGGCAGAGAAGGUGUUAAAGGGGAAAAGGGUUUCCCAGGGCCCGCUGGUCUGGACAUGCCUGGUCUUCAAGGUGAGAAAGGAGCACCAGGUUUUCCUGGAAUUUCUGGCACCAAAGGUCUUCCAGGUCCUGCAGGUUUACCGGGCCGAGAUGGAUUUCCUGGUAAUCAAGGAUCCAAGGGGGAGAUGGGAGUCAUUGGGACUCCUGGAGUUCCAGGCUUUCCUGGGUCACCUGGUGUGCGUGGCUCUCCUGGUCCGAGAGGUGAUCCUGGUUUUACUGGGCCUAGAGGUGAUAUAGGAGAACCUGGGCUGAAAGGGGAAAGAGGAGAGCAAGGUCUUCAAGGACCACCUGGAAAUAUGUCUGUGGUCGAUAUGGAACACAUGAAGGGAGAUAAAGGAGACAUUGGAGACCCAGGCAAUCCUGGUGGUAGUGGGCAAAAAGGAUUCAGAGGAAUGCCUGGAGAUCCUGGUAUGCCAGGAAAGGAUGGGGAUCCUGGUUUACGCGGACAUCCUGGAUACAAAGGAGAACAAGGUUUUCCUGGGGAGCCUGGUGGCAUGGGGCCACCUGGGCAUAAAGGCACUGCGGGAGAAAUGGGUAUUCCAGGUCCUGUUGGUCCGAAGGGUACGAAGGGAGAUGUUGGGACACCAGGUCAUCCAGGGUUCAGAGGACAAGAUGGAGAGAAAGGAGAACAAGGUGUCCCAGGUGAACCCGGUAUUGGAGUCCCCGGACAUCCAGGAGAGAAGGGUCCAGCGGGUCAGCCAGGAUUCCCAGGGGUGGCUGGAGAAAAGGGGCAGAAGGGCCAGAUGGGAAUGCCAGGUCAACAUGGUCAACAGGGCUUGAAGGGAGACAAAGGCUUUUCUGGAUCUCCUGGUCAGCCUGGAAUACCGGGAGAUAAGGGUACUCCAGGACUUUCCGGCUCUCGUGGAGAAACAGGACCCGAUGGCCAACCAGGUGAACCUGGUCUCUUGGGGCCUCCUGGUUCCCCUGGUGAGAAAGGAGAUCCAGGAGUUGAUGGCAUCCCUGGAUCCUCUGGAGAGAGGGGGGAACCUGGUGUACCUGGACAAGGCUUCCCUGGGAAACACGGCGCAGAAGGCAGUAAAGGCGAUAAAGGAAGUCCUGGAUUUCCUGGCACUCCUGGGCAUCCGGGUGUUCCUGGAGUGAAAGGUGAUAAAGGUUUACUAGGUCCAGUAGGUCCUCAAGGAGAGGCAGGAGAGAGGGGGCUUCCAGGAGCGUCUCUAGAAGGCCCUAAAGGAGACCCGGGAGUGAGUGGACAACCUGGGGAUCCAGGACCCCCUGGUGUACCUGGUAUUACUGGAGUCCCAGGAAGAGAUGGUCAAAAAGGAGAUAAAGGAGACCAGGGUCGUCCAGGAUUCCAAGGAGAGACAGGGCAGAAGGGCGACUUUGGGACUUCAGGCUUACCGGGUCAGUCUGGUCUUCCAGGAGUCGAUGGACAGAAGGGAGAAAGGGGUCAACAGGGCGCCCCUGGCUUCAGAGGUGAAAAGGGUGUUGUGGGAGAAAUUGGUUUCAAAGGAGAGCUUGGAGACAUAGGAUUUCUGGGGGAAAAAGGCAAUCAAGGCCCCCCCGGUCCCCCUGGCCCCCACACAUUCAUCAAAGGAGACAUGGGGGUUCCUGGAAUUCAGGGUUAUCCUGGUCCAAAGGGGUCUUAUGGGAAUCCAGGAUUAAAGGGUCUACAAGGUAUCACUGGAAUCCAAGGGCCAAAAGGUGAAGAUGGGCUUCCCGGUUACAAUGGUCAGCCUGGAGCUAAAGGAGAGCCUGGCCUUCCAGGACCACAAGGAAGAACUGGUCUUCCAGGACCUACGGGGCCUGAUGGUGUGCCUGGUCAAGUAGGUCCGACUGGGCCUUCUUCAAUGUAUCAUGGCUUCUUGGUGACGCGACACAGCCAGUCAGUGGAGGUUCCAGUGUGUCCCGAAGGAACGUCACCUAUUUAUGAUGGAUACUCCUUACUAUAUGUGCAGGGCAACGAGCGCUCACAUGGACAAGACUUGGGUACCGCGGGAAGCUGUCUUAGAAAAUUCAGCCCAAUGCCUUUUUUGUUCUGUAACAUCAACAAUGUGUGCAACUUUGCCUCCCGUAACGAUUACUCAUACUGGCUCACUUCCCCUGAACCCAUGCCCAUGAGCAUGGCACCCAUCACAGGGGAGAGUAUCAAGCCUUUCAUCAGCAGGUGUGCUGUGUGUGAAGCCCCAGCCAUGGUGAUAGCUGUUCACAGUCAGACCAUCAUGAUCCCAGCAUGUCCAAACGGAUGGGACUCUCUGUGGAUCGGUUACUCUUUUGUCAUGCACACCAGUGCCGGUGCAGAGGGCUCGGGGCAGGCUCUUGCCUCUCCUGGAUCUUGUCUUGAGGAGUUUCGCAGUGCCCCGUUCAUUGAGUGCCAUGGGAGAGGAACAUGCAACUACUAUGCAAACUCAUACAGCUUUUGGCUGGCCACCAUAGAAGACAGCGAGAUGUUUACGAAACCUGUCCCAACAACACUGAAGGCAGGAAAUCUGCGUACACACAUCAGCCGGUGCCAGGUGUGCAUGAAGAGGACGUUUGCCUAG